UUUACGGGUUCAUCAGUCCCCUCUUCAGAGGUAUAGGCUGGGCGAUGGUGUUCGUGGUGAUGCUGGAGACCAUUUACUACAACAUCAUGAUCGCCUGGACCAUCUUCUACAUCGGCGCCUCCUUCCAGUCGACCCUGCCGUGGUGCGAAAUCUCAACCCUCAACACCACAAAGUGUUCCGAGAUUGAAAACAAGGCAGCGGCGUCGUAUUUCAACCAGACCGUCCUGGGAUAUGCCCGGUUUUCCGGGAGCCACGCCAGUUCCGUCCAUGGGUGGAUGCUGCUGUGCCUGGGCGUCGCGUGGUUCCUGGUAGCCGCCACCAUCGCCAGAGGCAUUAGGACUUCGGGGAAGGUCCUGUACGUGACCGUCGGCGUCGCCUACAUCAUCCUGCCCUUCCUGCUGGUCUUCUCCUACGCCACCUCGGAAAAGGUCCAGUGGCUGGACUCCUUCGCCAACUACUUGGAAGUGGACUCAGCCAAGCUAUGGGAACGCGACAUGUGGGUCAAGGCGGCGACGCAGGCCAUGUACUCGCUGGGUCUGGCGCAGGGCGGUAUCAACACCCUGGCCUCCUACAACACCUUCCGGCAGAACAUCCUGAGGGACGCCAUCCUCCUCGUAUUCGUAGACACGGUCACCUCACUCAUGUGCACCUAUGUGGUCUUCGGCUCGCUGUUCGCCAUCGCGGAGGACCUGCCCAAGGAGGGGCCGGCGAACACCAGCCUGGUGUUCGUCGUCUUCCCGGCGGUGCUCGCCAAGAUAGACUUGCCCCUGUGGCCCUUCCUCGUGUUCUGCAUGGUCUUCAUGUUCGGAUUCGACAGCCAGUUCGCCAUGGUGGAGAUCAUCACCUCCGCCCUCUUCGACCAGUUCCAGGGCAUACGCCGCCGCCACGUGCCCGUGGUGGCGGGUACCUGCACGAUGCUCUUCCUGCUGGGGAUCCCCAUGUGCACGUCCGGCGGCAUCGACUUCUUCCGGGUCCUCGACAGCAACAUCAACUCUCAUUCCUUCCUGUUCCUCGGCGCCAUGGAGGUCCUCGUCGUCACCUACGUCUACGGAUUCAAAAACUUCAUGGUCAUCAUAAGAGACCACAUGAAGGUGUCUGUCCCCGCGCCCUUCCGCUGGUACUUCGCAUUAAUGUACAAUUUCAUCACGCCCUUAUUCAUGCUGGUAUGUGCGCCGUAUGCACGCAAUGCUUUAGAAACUACACUUAAGAAUUCUUUAGAAACCAUAGUUUAG